AUGGCACAACUUCUUGGGGGUGAGGUCGUCGAGGAUCCUAACAAUCCGAAAUAUUAUGCAUUGGCUCAAGAAUCAUUGGAGCAGUACGAAGAAGAGACUGGACAUAGAAACUUGGUGGUAACUGUAGUAAAAACUGCAACCGAACAACUUGACGUUGGAUUGAUUAUCAGAUUAGUAUUCGAAGCAAAAUCGCUUGACCAAAAUUACUUAUUGCUCUGUAAAUCAAAAAUAUUAGAGCCCCUCGACUAUAUGAUGGGCGAGCCGAGUAUAGUCGAUGAAAUUAAUGUGGACUGUGAACGGCCUCUACUUCGUUAG